AUGCCAGUCGAGGUGUCGCCUAUGACGUCAGAGGACAUUGAUGGCGCAGUUGAGACGAUACAACAAGCGUUCAAAGAUGACCCUUAUUCGAAUUGGGUGUUUGAUAAAGAGAAUUAUUCCCCCGCCCGCAACCACCACUCGCUCAGCCUCCGCUGCCACUGGGGCAUCCAACACGGCAUCUUCCACGUCGCCAAAGACUCCAGCUCAUCCACCCCCAACCGCAUCCUCGGCGCCGCAAUGUGGCUGCCACCAGCCCCGCCCUCAACCCCGCAGCCAUGGUCCCUCUGGCUCAGUUUCUGGCUGCUCUGGCUGCAGCAAGGCCUCAUGAACCUGCGGUUCCUGGGGCGCGGCGGGCUGCGUGUGCGGCGCUACUGGAUAUGGAAAGCUGCGCAGGCGGAAGCGCAGGCAAAGCUGUGGACGAGUGAGCAAGGGUACUAUUUCUGCAAUAUCGUGACGGUAAGACCGGAGGUGCAGGGGAAGGGAAUUGGAACUGCGUUGAUGAGGAAGGUUUUGAAGAGAGCGGAUAGCGAGGGUGUGCCUUGUUAUUUAGAGAGCUCAAGGAGGGACCCGAAUGUGCCUAUUUAUGAGAAGUUUGGGUUUAAGUUAAGGACGGUUAUGGAGUGCGAUGAUGAGGGGGAGAAGGCUAUGUUGUAUUGCAUGGUUAGGGAACCGCAGGGAAAGAAGGACGUCUAG